UUCAGCGAUUCUUAUUCCUGCCUUUCACCAAAUCCUCUUAAUUCUAGAGCUGUUGAAGACUUCUCUCAAUUGAGGACUAACCCCUAUAGUUAUGCAAUGAGUACUGAAGAAGCCAGAUUUCUUACUUAUAAUAUGUGGCCCUUAACCUUUUUGUCACCAUUGGAAUUGGCGAGAGCUGGCUUUUACUAUGCAGGACCUGGAGAUAGGGUAGCCUGCUUUGCCUGUGGCGGGAAGCUAUGUAACUGAGAACCAAAGGAUGGUGCUAUGUCAGAACACAGGAGACAUUUUCCUAACUGUCCGUUUUUGGAAAAUUCUCUAGAAACUCUGAGGUUUAGUAUUUCAAAUCUGAGCAUGCAGACACACACAGCUCGAAUGAGAACAUUUAUGUACUGGCCAGCUAGUGUUCCAGUUCAGCCUGAGCAGUUUGCAAGUGCUAGUUUUUAUUACAUGGAUCGCAAUGAUGAUGUCAAAUGCUUUUGUUGUGAUGGUGGCUUGAGAUGUUGGGAAUCUGGAGAUGAUCCAUGGGUAGAACAUGCCAAAUGGUUUCCAAGGUGUGAGUUCUUGAUACGAAUGAAAGGGCAAGAGUUUGUUGAUGAGAUUCAAGCUAGAUAUCCUCAUCUUCCUGAACAGCUGUUGUCAACAUCAGAUACUCCUGGAGAAGAAAAUGCUGAACCAAUUGUUCAUUUGGGACCUGGAGAAAGUUCUUCAGAAGAUGCAGUCAUGAUGAAUACACCUGUGGUUAAAUCUGCUUUGGAAAUGGGAUUUAGUAGAAGUCUGGUAAAAUAGACAGUUCAAAGUAAAAUCCUAACCACUUGAAAGAGUUAUAAAACAAUUAAUGAUAUUGUAUCAGCACUUCUUGAUGCUGAAGAUGAAAGAAGAGAAGAGGAGAAGGAAAGACAAGCUGAAGAAAUGGCAUCAGAUGAUUUGUCAUUAAUACGGAAGAAUACAAUGGCUCUCUUUCAACAGUUGACAUGUGUCCUUCCUAUCUUAGAUAAUCUUUUAAAGGCCAAUGUAAUUAAUAAACAGGAACAUGAUAUUAUUAAACAAAAAAAAACACAGAUACCUUUACAAGCAAGAGAACUGAUUGAUACCAUUUUAGUUAAAGGAAAUGCUGCAGCCAACAUCUUCAAAAACUGUCUAAAUGAAAUUGACUCUACAUUAUAUGAGAACUUAUUUGUGGAAAAGAAUAUGAAGUAUAUUCCAACAGAAGAUGUUUCAGGUCUGCCACUAGAAGAAUAGUUGAGGAGAUUACAAGAAGAAAUAACCUGCAAGGUGUGUAUGGACAAAGAAGUUUCUAUUGUGUUCAUUCCUUGCGGUCAUCUGGUAAUAUGCCAGGAGUAUGCCCCAUCUCUAAGAAAAUGUCCUAUUUGCAGGGGUAUAAUCAA